GAUCCACACCUCACUCCCACUUCUUCCGGCUUAGCGGCUUUUGCCGAGCCAUCAUGUUCCUUAUCCACAAAAAAAAGACGACCUUGACCGGGGCAGGCGACUUUCGCGAAUCUUCAAACCCUGAUCCAUCAAACCUCACCACUAUCAACAACAACGAAUCCGCAACCACGACGAACACAACCGCGCUUCCGCUUCAUAUUUUCGAAGCCGUUUACACACCACAUCUGAUACCGAAUCCCCAAAUCACAACCACACAUCCAUCACAAUGGUCCAACUCGUAGAAGUCGAGGACGAGCACUUCCAGCAGCCGCAAGUCGGCCCGGAUGAGGACGAAGAAGACUUUACCGACACUGACUCCGAAAUCUCCACCGAAUCCAACUACGACCCGACCGACGAGACCCUCGCCGACCGCCUGGCCGCGCUGCGCGACGUCGUGCCCGCCACGGCGCGCGGCUGGAUCCACCAGCAGUACGAGACGACGGCGUCGGCGGUCCGGACGGCGCUGUCCUUUGCCGGGCGCGCCGCCUGGACGGUGUCGGUCAGCGCCCUGCUCGUCGGCGUGCCCUUCGCGCUCGCCUACGGCGAGGACCAGAACUUCGCCGCCAUGGAGCAGGAGCAGCGCAUGCGCGAGUUGGGUGGGGAGGUGCUUGGUGGCGGGGAGGGUGGUGCUGGUGGUGCUAAGCCCGGGAUGACGCCCGAGGAGAUUGGGGCCGCGCUGGGUGGGGGGGCUGCGGGGAAGGCCGAGGCGAAGGCGGCGCUUUGA